UCGUGUAACGAACUUGUUUCGUCUCUCUUUUUUGUUUCAUUUCAUUAUUAAAUGAGUAAAUAUUUAAAGAAAAAAGAACUGCGAAUACCUGUCGACUUACAACGACGAUAUCGGAUCGAAACACUUUCAGUGAUAAAAGAGCUUUUGCGCUGAACAGAAACCGGAGUUAGAAUUUGUAUUUCAACGAAACAACAUCGCAUAUGCUUAUCUCUCGGGUUUUUUGUGUCGUUUUUAAAAUCACAUAUUCGAAAGAAUAAUCUAAUAAUUUAAAACGUUGGUUUUGCUUGAAAAUUUAUGGGGUUUUAUUGGAAAAUUUGUAUUUAUCGGCGAAAAAAUUUAGUGAUCGAUUUCAGAAACGAAUUUUUUAGAACUGCAUUUCUUGGAUAUUUCAAAAGAAAAAAAAUUAACGCAUCGUCAAAAUGCAAAUGUUAUUUGAUAAAUUUUUUAAAAUUUGUUGUGCAAAACGAAUCAAACCGAACGCCAAUGAAAUAAAUGAUCCAGCAAAGAAAAGUAGCGAUAAAGUGUGGCGUGAUGUUCUUGCAUAUUGGAUUCUAGGACUGGGCACUGAAUUCGGAUAUGUCGUUAUGAUUUGUGCUGCAAGCGACAUUUUGCACAAUUUCGGUUCAAGUACCGAUAAUAGAAAUGCAACCGAUUCCCAUAAAACAACCGUUGAUGACGAUGAUGCGGCAAGCAUUAGGCAAACCGUUUGUAACACACCCUCGACGGGCGUUUUAUUGAUUGCUGAUAUCGUACCUUCAAUGCUCAUGAAUAUUUCAUUGCCAUUUUUACCGUUGGUUAAAAAUUUCCGAAUGAUGCUGGUUAUCGCACUAAACGUUUCCAGUUUUUUAUUAAUUGCUAACACGGAUUCGGAUUUUUUGGCAAUUGUCGGUGUUGUAUUUACAUCAAUGGCCUUAGGAAUUGGUGAGGUGACGCUGCUAUCUUAUUCGGCAAAAUUUAACAAGAAAGUGAUAACCGCAUGGUCUUCAGGAACCGGAUCGGCCGGCAUUAUAGGUUCAUUGUGCUGGGCUGGUUUAAUUGCACUAGGAUUAAGUCCACAUGAUGUGUUGCAUCUCAUGCUUAUUGUGCCAGCUAUACAAGCCGUUACAUUCUGGUUUCUCUUACGUUCACCGCAAAAACACCGGCAAAAGAAUGAUGUAAAAACGAUUGAUAUCACAACCAUUGAAUCGAGUGCAGCCGAUUGUGUUGAACCAACGCUUGAUAUAAAAUUGAGCGGUUUAAAAGCGAAAAUAAAAUUCGUACCGAAGUUGGUUAGUUUCAUUGCACCAAUGGUCAUUGUGUUUAUAUUCGAGUAUAUUUGCGUGUCUGGAUUGUUUGAAAUGAUCUAUGUGCGAAAUCUGCCGUUUGGAUUGAAGCUCAAUUCAGAGGCACAGUAUCGAUGGUUCCUUGUAACUUAUCAAAUUGGCGUAUUCAGCGCAAGAUCGUUGGGUGCAUUUUUGAAACCGCGUCCUACAUGGUGGGCAACCGUAGUACAAUUCCUUAACUUCUUGUUCUUUAUGUACACAACGUCAAUGGCUCAAGCAUCAAAUCCCUGGCUCAUAUUUACGUUUGUAUUUUUGCUUGGCGUUGUUGGUGGCCUAUGUUUUGUGAACACCUUUCAUCGGCUGAUCAACGAAUUGCCAGCAAAUCAACACAAAUUUUCGCUAGGGAUGAUAACAAUCGCCGAGUCAUUUGGAAUAGCUGUAGGAGGCUCGACAGCUAUACUAAUUCAUAAUAUUUUAUGUGGAAAGUUCGUAGUGUUUAAGUAGUGUCUGCCAAACAAUAGAUAUAGAUAAUUUAUGUAGUUGUAUGUAUGUCGCCAAAUCGAUUGAAAUUGACGGCGAAUGGAAAUAUUUUUGAAUAGCUUUAUCGUGAUAAUUUAAUAUUAAUAUUUACACAAUGUAGAAAAUUGCACUUGAAAUACAUAUGAUUAUUGAUUAAAA